AUGACUCAAAUCGAUUUGGGGCUUGUCCUCGCACAACCAUUCUUCUUGUGCUCCUUGAUCCUCUUCGCCGGCGGCUGGUUCAUCUCGUUCAUCGCCACAUGUGUGAUUGGAAACUUGAUCCCUCUGUUGUGGGUUGACAUCUUUUACAACCUGUUCAUAAUGCUCGGAGCCACAUUGGCGGUCGCCACCAACGCGGUCCACAACUACCGUCUUGUCCUCUUGACCUUCAUUGGCGGCUCCUUGACCCUCCUUUUCAACUGCAUCAACGCCACCAUCUCCAUCCACGACCUCCUGAACGGCUCCUCCCGCUACAGCGCCGCCGGUGCCGGAUUCAUCUUCCAGUCCUUCGUCCUGAUCUUCUGGGUGGUGUACUUUGGAGCAGAGGAAGAGUCGAUCGCCAAGCAGACAAUCAACGGAUUCACCAUGCCCCGCGCAAACGCAAACUCCACCAACAACCCCACCACCGUUGGACCCACCACCAUCAUCUCGCCUCAGCCCCAACACGUCCAGGUCAACAUGAACAAUCACGGAUCCCCCAUGCCCGGUCAUGCCCAGCAGCCCCAGGUCAACGGUCAACAGAACUAUGGCUCUGUCGUUGUGGCCCCUGCGGCCGAUUAUGCUUACAAGGCCCGCGCCUUGUACUCGUAUGAGGCUAACCCCGAGGACAACAACGAGCUCUCCUUCACCAAGGGCGAGAUCCUGGAGAUUGUCGAUAACAAGGGCAAGUGGUGGCAGGCUCGUAAACCUGAUGGCGCUGUCGGUAUUGCUCCCUCCAAUUACCUCCAGCUCAUCUAA